GCACGCCGCCGUCAAUUUCCACCUCAGUUCACAAAACUCGGUCACAAUGAACACGAUCCGAUCUACCUGGAUAGGCUGGGGCACCCUUUGCGUCGCUGGCGGCGGAGCCUACUACUUUGCCAAAAAGUCCAUCAACGCCGAUCGUGCCAACCGAUAUGAAGCCGAAGUGAAGCGCAAGGCGCAGCUGGCUGCCAUGGAAGCCGAGCACCGACGCCAAACAUCCCUGAACAACGCAACCCCCAAUCCAUCGGAGGACCCGAGCCUGAAGCGCGCAAACCUGGCACGCCUCAACAGCGCAUCCGACGAUGUGGCCUCGCCGAGUUCAGAAGCCAGUCAUGAUCCCGCACCGACUCGUCACGAACCGGAAACUGAGGCUGAACGGGAGUUGGAGAAGAGCAAAUACGAGGCGACUCAGCCUUUCCGGCCUCCUCGGGGUAACCGCUUGAGUUAAGCGGCGGGAUGAUGUGUGGGAAGGAUUCCAGGCGAUGACAAUGACCAUGUUGUAGCAUAUUCGUGUAUCAUAGUUUCUGAGCUGCAGGGUCUAGAAUCACCUGCUAGAGUCUUUGAUCUGCGGGGUUGUCCCUGUGAAACAAGUUGUAAAAUUAGGGUUGGAUGGACGGACUUUAAGCUAUUUGGCUGCGAUCUAGUGACUGUCGAUCCACCUACAGCCGGGACUGGACUGAACUAUGAGCAAGCUCUUAUUGGAAUUAUGUAGUAUUGCUCUAGGGAAUAAAGAUAAAUCAUGGUUCCCGCUCGCAAGAGCUUCGACCAAUCCCAGGAGCCUCCUGAAGGUGUAACCGGCACCAGUCCAGAACCCC